CACAUGCAGCCUGAUUUCUUUGUGCCUGUUGCUGUCCCUGCAGUCUUCAGAGGGCAGCCGCAGCUCCAGUGCCAUGGAAGGAGGCUGCUCCUGAAUAGCCCUUGUGGUAAGGGCCAGGAGGGUCCUUCCAUCCUCCAAGGCUCUGCUAAAGGGCACAGCAGCCAGGAGGUCCCCUGAGCCCCCAGCUGAAGGACAGGCUGCUCCCUCUGUCUCUACCAGGGAUUGCCUUGUCCUGUGGAAGGCACUGACCCAUCCCAAACUAAUCUUGGAAUCCCUGUCUAACCACUCACUGUCAUGAAUGUGUGCUUAAAGGAUGAGGUUGAGUCAUACCAAAUAGUGACUUUUGUAGUUCAAAAUGGUGAAAUUAGCAAUUCAACAUGAUUCAGUCUAAUCAAUGGAUACCAACUGUUUCCCACACAAGUCUCCUGUUCUCUUAAGCUUACUCAGUGACAGCCUUUCACUCUCCACAAAUACAUUAAAGAUAUGACCGUCACCAAGCCUCCUAGGAUAACACCAGACCGGAGAGUCUGAAGACCGGUAUCCAAGUUCUGACUCUUCCCCCUGCCAGCUGUGUGACCUUCGUGAAGUCGCCAAACCUCUCUGAGCCACAGCCAUGGCCAGUAAGACCUGCCUUUGAGUUGGUACGAUGUUCAAGUCAGAUAAUAAAACAACGUUUACACCUAUUAGAGCAGAGAAUAAAUAGAGCUACAUUUCUUGCAUUUAUGAGCUUUCUGUGAAUCAGACAUCCCUGUGAAGAACCUCCCUGGCUAUUUCUCAUUUAAUCACUGUAGCAGCACUGUGAUGUGUGAGUAGAUCCGCUGUGCUCUUAAACUCCAAAUCUACACAUGAGGAAACUGAGGCUCAGAGAGGCUGCUGGUCUCCCACAGUGUCACAUAGUUCAUAAGUGGCAAAGCUGGCUUGAUGGGCUACUCGUUCCUCUGAACCACACCACCUCACCACACUCUCCCCUUCGAGGGUCAUGCUAAACUUCUGCAGAGCUAAUUCCUCCUUAAACCAUAAGGGUUGCUGGUGGCCCACAGCUCACGCCUAGCAUGCUUCAUGAGAAAAACGCCCUCCAACCAACGUGGAGCAGCCCCUGAGCUGAAGGUGGUGAGCAGAAGCUCAUCCACCAGAUGUUGACACAGCCCGCGGCCUUGGGUGACCCACAGGACUCCUCUUAUUUAACUGGCAUUUGGUAGGAGAACAGGGGUAGAGUCAAAGACAAGUGGGCUUUCCGGAGCAGCCAGGACAGGGAAGGAGGCUGCAGUGUUGAGGGCAUCACCUUAGACACCAUCGUUUUACUUUGAAGAAUCGUCUGUCACACACGAGUUGACAGUCUGGUUGGGAGAGACUCCAUUCAAACCAGCAUAAGCUCCCAGAGGAAUUCCCGGGCUCCCGUGGGAACCAACAGGGAUCAGUCAGGGAUGGGCAGAGCGUCAUGACAACCUCAUUAGGAGGAAGACAAAUACAUGUCACAAGUCCGUGAGGCAACAGCCAUAAGACCUCAGCUUCACUGUAUCUUCCAGAGUUUUUAAAAAAUGCAUUCACUGUCUAAUGUGAUCCUCCAGACAGGUCCUGCAGGACUCAGCCUAGGAAUCAUUAUCCCCAAAGUACACAUAGGGAAACUGAGGCACAGCAGGUCAAAUGGUCUGUCCAGUGUGGGCCUGGAAGGCAGGACUUCUCCGCUCUUAGGCCUGGCUGUCCCCAACUGCACACACUUCCUCAGUCCAUAUGGGAUCACGAUAAAAACUCCAUCCUCCAGAACCACACUGCGUCAACCGGCUGUGCUCUAACAGCAGCUGAAGACCAAGCUGCGGGGCAUCCUGAGUGUUCCGAGUCAGUUUCCCACUGCAGGCAGGAACCUCAUCCUGCUCUGAAACAGAUGAGAGCAAAACACAGAAAACAGCUUCGAGCUCAGCCGGGAACCUUAGAGUCAUGACUUUUUACCCCACCUAGGAGUUUGCAGGGGACAGAACACACGAAUUUUAGAUUUUAAGCCUAAAUAAAGGAAGCCUUGGUUUGAAGUGCAAGCUCUGCCAGACAGGGGGCACCCUGUGAGCCCUAUUUGUUAAGAGGGGCAGGGGAGGCACAGGGAAAAGGCCCGGGCUGCUCUUAAAAAUCACACCUCACAUUGAGACCGAUGCGUGGAGACUGCGGCAGAAGCAGCAGAGGUGAGGACCCCGUGUGAGCUCCUGUGGCUGCCGUAGCUGAUUACCACGAGCUCCGUGGUUUCCAAUAGAAAUGCAUUCUCUUACAGUUCUGGAGGCCAGAAAUCCAGAACAGUGUCACCGGGACAAGGUCAGAGUGUCAGGAAGGCCGAGUGCCCUUGGAGGCUCUAGGGGAUGUGCCACUUCCUCCUCUUGCAAUUUCUGGUGGCUGCCGGCGUUGCUUGAUUAGUUGCCCCUCCAGUGGCGGACUCUGUUGUCACACUGCUCCCUCUUCCUCCAUCUCUGUCAGGUCUCCCUCCCCCUUCCCCUCAGGAGGAUACCUGCAGUAGCAUUUAGGGCCCACCUGGAUUGUCUUCUCCUAUCAAGAUCCUUAAUGACAUCUGCAAGGACAUUUCUCCCAUAGAUGGUAACAUAUCUCUGGGGGGCGCUGUUGAGCCUGUAGAAGGCCCUUCUUUACCAGUGAGGGGAUGAUGGGGCCGGAAGAGGGAAGGAAUGAAAUGAGUGUGAAGGAAGCGCCACCAGGGAGAGCUGUGGAAGCCCAACCCAGACCGCACUGGGAUGUCGGGAAGGGCCAAGGUGCAGAAGGAGAAGGAAGAGGGUUGGAGGUGGAGGGCCAGCAGCACCAAAGCUCCAAGCCAGGGAGAAACUCCCCCGCCAGGGGACGGAGAGAAAUGGUGGGGUCGCUCUCUCAGGGAGUGGCACAGCAGGGCCAGGGCCAGAUCUGGAGGUGGGUGUGCCCCCUAGGGGGGUGCAGACUCACAGCCCCUCCAACAGGGAGCCUCUCCAGGUGAGAGCAAAGUGGAAAAGAGGGCAAAACCCCGACUAUCAGGCAGAUUCUGCAGCAAAAAUGACUUCAGAGGUGACCUGUGUGUAGCCUCAGGAACGGGAUAUAGGUGGCCUUUGUAAGCUCACCCUGCAAUGGUGUCUGGGUCCCAUGUCCCCUGUUCCAGACAGAGACAGGCCUUGGCCUCCUGAGGGGGGGCAGCAGGAGGACAGGCCCCUCGCUGAGCCUGGAGUCUCUCUGUACAGCAGGCACCUUCUCCCGAGCACUCCCACCACCAACGUUUCAUCCUAUUCCUUCCCCGGGGCACAGCUGCGAUUUCUCUCUUAGCCCAGGGAAAGGAAUACAACAGAUUGCCUUAUACUGAAGUGAACAUGGCUGACCCGGGCUUAUUGGGAGCCCCUCCCAAGGGGCAGGUGCUCGUUCUCAUUAUCUUCUCCAUCAAGGUGGCUAAGAAUGUUUACAGUUUCUUACAACUCACAAAGCACUGCCUUAGAAGCUAUGUCCCCAUGAGGGGAGGUAGGGCAGGUAUUAUCAGGUUCGCUUACAGGUGGUCAACAGAGGGUCAGAGAAAUCGGUGAUUUGGGGAGCUCACAGAGCUGCUAGGAGAUGUAGCCUGGCGUCAGUCACCGUAGGAGGGCCCACCCCAGCCUGAGUGCAGGCGGAAUGCUGUGACACUGAGUGACAUGGACAAGCCACCAUCCUGAGCCUCCCGCUCUCGUUAGCAGAGAAUCACUGUCCUUGGCCUGCUGAACAGGGUGUCUACAGGUGACCGCCGGGGUCACAGCAACAGCUUCCCUCCCUGCCAGGCCCGGGCCCUGAGGUGCUGGAAGUCAGGGGCCCUGAGGUGCUGGAGGUCAGGUGUGUGGCCUUUUGUGGUGUCUGUAUGGCCCAGGAAGAGAGGGGCUCCACCGUGUGUGUGUGUGUAUGUGUGUGCGCGUGUGUGCGCACGCAUCGGAGUAUCUGUGUCUCUGUGUGAUGUUAUAUGUCAAUGUGCCUUUGUGUGUGUGUGUGUGUCUGUGUGUUGGUGCAUAACUGUAAUGUCUUUCCUUGUUUGUGUGUGUGUCUGUGAGUGUGUGUGCCUGAGUGCACACGUGUCUCUGUCUCUAGGUGUUUCUAUCUAGACUGAGGGUGUGUCUAUGUGUUUCUGUGAUUGUGUGUCUCUGAGUCGGUGUGCGUCUGUGACUGUGUGUGUUACAUGAAACAGAAGCAGAUGUCGUGAGAAUGAGGGGGUCUAACUCUCUUUAUCCUGAAACAAGGACCCCUCGCUGGGGUGGAGAGAACCAGUCCUUCCCAGUCACACCCAGGAGCCCUCAGGUGGCGCUUGGCAGCUGGUGUCACCACCCUAAGUGCCCACACAAAUGGGCUAUGGAGCCAGAGCAGCAAGGAUUCCAGCUCCUGGUGAGAGAUUCCCAGGCCAGAGUCUUGGUAGACACAAGCCUGGUGACUUCGGGCAGCUGGCGAUUACUGGGCAUCUUCCAAGGGUCGGGCACAGUUCCAGGCCCCUAGCGUGUACGAAUUCCUUGACUCCUCUCCUCACUUCUCAGAGGGCGUGUCAAGGAGAGAGGAACCCGGAUCUUGGAUGGCCAUGGGGCUUCCUUCCACCCACACUCCCACAUGGCUGCACAGCGCAGGCUGGUUCUGCUGGACUGAGCCCAUCCAGGGAAGAACAGCGAGACCCUCGGGUGAGAUCGGACUCACUGGAGACAAACACCUUGACAGGAGCUGGAGGAGCCCCAGGCUGAUUUCCGGGACAGAGGGUUCCUGGACACAGGCACUGAGCAUCCCCACACCCCCCGAGACGGGCCCAUGAGCACGAGAAGCCCUGCGAGUGCGUGGGGGUGGCCUGUGUGCAAGGCAGCGCAGCGAGCCUCUCUGCAGAAGCCACAGGCUGCGCUGGGUGAGGAGUUCUCCCUCAGCCUCCUCUGGAGCUGACACUGGAGAGAGCACCGUGAGCCUCCCUGCCUGGACUAUUGUCUGCACUUAAUAUAGAAGGAAACUGGGGCACACAGAGUUUUAGCUCCUCUUGGCCAGAGCGAGGAUUUGAACCCAGGCGUCUGAACCUUGGUGAUCCUGAGGGGCAGAGUGAGUUGGGGGAUGGAAUUGCGUCUUUUACAAAGUGCCCAGCACAGGGUGGGCACCUACAGAGGGACAAUGCCAUUCUCUGUCUCAUGGGGUGUCCUCCUGCUGGCAGGCCUGUGCUACCUGGUCCCCAGCUCCCCGGCUGAGGAUCCCCAGGAAGAUGCUGCCCAGAAGAUGAAUACAUCCCACCAUGAUCAAGGGGACUGGGAGGACCCUGCUUGCCGGAAGAUCUCCUAUAAUAUCAUCGACCUCGCCUUUGAUUUGUACAAAGAGCUGGCUGAUCUAUCACAAACCAGCAAUAUCUUAGUCGCCCCAACGAGCGUGGCUAUGGCCUUUGUAAUGCUCUCCCUGGGGACUAAGGCUGACACUCGCACGGAGAUCCUGGAAGGCCUGAAUUUCAAUCUCACGGAGACGCCUGAGGCCAAGAUCCACGAAUGCUUCCAGCAAGUUCUCCAAGCCAGGCCAGACACCCGGCUCCAGCUGACCACCGGCAGUAGCCUGUUUGUCAACAAGAGUGUGAAGCUAGUGGACACGUUUUUGGAGGAUAUCAAGAAACUGUACCACUCAGAAGCCUCCGCCAUCAACUUCAGGGACACCGAGGAGGCCAAGGAGCAGAUCAACAACUAUGUGGAGAAGAGAACUGGAAGAAAAAUAGUGGAUUUGGUCAAACAUCUGAAAAAAAACACAAGUCUUGCCCUGGUGGAUUACCUUUCCUUUCACGGCAAAUGGAAAGAUAAAUUCAAGGCUGAGCGCAUUACGAUAGAGGGCUUCCAUGUGGAUGAUAAGACCAUCAUCAAAGUGCCUAUGAUAAACCACCUGGGCAGAUUUGAGAUCCACCGGGACAAGGAGUUAUCCAGCUGGGUGCUGGCACAGCACUAUGUGGGGAACGCCACUGCCUUCUUCAUCCUGCCCGACCCAAAGAAGAUGUGGCACCUGGAAGAGAAACUGACCUACAGCCACCCUGAAAAUAUCCAGAGAGCCUUUGACAUAAGGUCUGUCAGUCUACAUUUUCCCAAACUGUCCGUUUCUGGAACCUAUGAACUCAAGAGAGUCCUCAGGAAUCUGGGCAUCAUCAAGAUCUUCAGCAACGAGGCCGACCUCUCUGGAGUCAGUCAGGAGGCACCCCUGAAGCUCUCCAAGGCUGUGCAUGUGGCUGUGCUGACGGUUGAUGAGAAAGGGACCGAAGCCACCGGAGCCCUCCAUUUGGAAGAGAAGGCCUGGUCUAAGUAUCAGACAAUCAUGUUCAACCGGCCCUUCCUGGUCGUCAUCAAGGAUGACAUCACCAACUUCCUGCUCUUCAUUGGAAAAGUGGUGAAUCCCACCCAAAAAUAACUGCCUGUCACGCCUCAGCCCCUCCCCUCCAUCCCUGGCCUCCUCCCUGGAUGACAUUAAAGAAAGGCUGAUCUGC